CCAAAAUGGAAUCGAUGCCGCAGCCUGUAAAGUCGGGAACUUAAAAAAAUGAAAAAUAUUCGUUGCGUUGUACCCAUCCAUCUAUCCCACACCGUGUCGUGCACACGUGUCCUCUCCUCUCCUCUCCCCCUAUCGCAAGUUCGGUUCGAAUUUUGCGACAGCUCAGGCAGCAUUUGCAGUUAGCACCAUUUGCUCUCUUAUUUCUUUUCAAUUCUUCAAUUCCUCUGAAACCGUGCUUGCGGCGGAUCUAGGUCACCGGCAAUGGCGGAUUUGCCGGAAGAUCGCCGGAACUAUUCUUCCAGUUCGAGGGAUCCCGGAAACGGCAAGGACAUGGAGGAGGAUAGUGCUUGCACUGUUGCCAAUGGUACAAGUAGCUCUUCGGCUUCAGGCAUUCCUAGCAAGGGGUUGUCUAAAGUGACCACAUUGCCUACUGACAUAUUACAUGGAGAUAAAUCGGAGCCAAGUUCAAGUAAGUUUAAGAUGGAAAGGUCAAAAACAGAGAGGCAGAGACACCUAAGUCCUGAAGAUGCAGCACAAAUUUUUGAUGACAAAAUUCCUAUCCAGGAGAAGUUGGUUUUUACAACUGUGCAGCUUAAAUUGUUGAACAGAAUAGCUACUGUAAAAGAUGAUGGCACUGUAGAAUUUGAAGUUCCUGUGGAUGUUGAACCUGAGGCUCUUGUUGCUCGAUCCAAACAAGUAAACCAUGUCAUUGAUGAUUCACUUGAUGCAACAGACUUUCAUUACAUCCCACCAUUGAAUAUAGUUAUGCUUAUUGUUGGUACACGAGGAGAUGUGCAACCAUUUAUUGCAAUAGGAAAACGCUUGCAGGACUAUGGCCAUCGAGUUAGAUUAGCAACCCAUUCAAAUUUUAAGGAGUUUGUUAUGACAGCUGGGUUGGAGUUUUAUCCAUUAGGCGGUGAUCCAAAAGUUCUUGCUGGUUAUAUGGUUAAAAAUAAGGGCUUUCUGCCGUCGGGACCUUCUGAGAUACCAGUUCAGCGAAAUCAAAUGAAAGAAAUUAUUAACUCUCUGCUUCCAGCUUGUAAAGAACCUGAUAUCGAUUCCGGUGUCCCUUUCAAAGCAGAUGCAAUCAUAGCCAAUCCCCCUGCAUAUGGGCAUACCCAUGUGGCAGAGGCUCUCAAAAUUCCAAUUCAUAUUUUUUUCACAAUGCCAUGGACGCCAACUACCGAGUUUCCGCAUCCUCUGUCACGUGUAAAGCAACAGGCUGGUUAUAGGCUUUCAUAUCAAAUAGUUGACUCUAUGAUUUGGCUUGGAAUACGAGACAUGAUUAAUGAUCUUAGGAAGAAAAAGUUGAAGCUAAGACCAGUCACUUAUUUAAGUGGGUCCCAAGGCUCUGAAUCUGAUGUUCCACAUGCAUAUAUAUGGAGUCCUCAUCUUGUUCCUAAACCAAAAGAUUGGGGACCAAAAAUUGAUGUAGUGGGGUUUUGCUUUCUUGAUCUUGCGUCAAACUAUGAUCCUCCGGAGCCCCUUGUAAAAUGGAUUGAAGAUGGUGACAAGCCUAUUUACAUUGGAUUUGGUAGCCUGCCUGUUCAAGAACCAAAAAAGAUGACACAAAUAAUUGUAGAUGCAUUAGAGAUCACUGGACAGAGGGGCAUCAUAAAUAAAGGAUGGGGAGGUCUUGGGAAUUUGGCAGAACCAAAGGACUCUAUAUACUUAUUGGAUAAUUGCCCUCAUGAUUGGCUUUUCUUACGUUGCAAGGCAGUGGUUCAUCAUGGAGGUGCUGGAACAACAGCUGCGGGGCUUAAAGCUGCUUGCCCAACAACCAUAGUUCCUUUUUUUGGCGAUCAACCAUUUUGGGGUGACAGAGUACAUGCUAGAGAAGUUGGUCCUCCACCUAUCCCAGUUGAUGAGUUUUCGCUUCCCAAGUUGGUUGAUGCAAUAAAAUUCAUGCUAGAUCCUAAGGUAAAGGAACGUGCAGUUGAACUUGCUAAGGCAAUGGAAAAUGAGGAUGGAGUGACAGGAGCUGUAAAAGCAUUUUUUAAGCAGCUUCCUCAAAAAAAAUCAGAGCCUGAUGCAGAGCCUCAGCCAUCUAGUUUUUUCUCUGUAAGUAGAUGUUUUGGUUGUUCCUGAUUCAAAUGUUGUGGGUCAAACCCCACCUUUUGUUAAUUAAUAGUGUAAGAUCACAAAUAGUUACUGCAUCUAUGCGAUGUGCUCGACUUGUCUCCCCGUCACGUGAUUGUAUAAUUCCGUUGAUGCUUCUAUUCGUUAUAUUUUAAGUUGAGAUUCGAUGUAUGUAAAUUUCCUCUCGCUUUUAAUUGAUAUCAAUUGCUUGGAAUGAAUGGAUUUUGGUUUUGUAUCAGAGUUUUGUACUUGAUAAUAUACCUAUGACCAUGACCAGAUGUUUGG